UCCGAGGAGAGUACGGAGAUUGGGAAUACGAGCGAUUUUAACCGAGAAAAAACAGUCUUAAUCGUUUGUAACAAUGUGGUGGGGUUAGCCAGAGCCACCGCACUCGCAGCCUUUUAGACGAUGUUUGCAGAGGUAAGUCUGCACUGGCGGAAAAGACGCGUUUAUCCUUACUGUAGUUUGUUUUCCAGUGAUAGACAAGGCUAGUUAGCUUAUAGCAGCUAGCGCCUUUAGCCCCGCAGGUAAACACAGAGCCUGAGCGGGGAGAGGACGGGCGGCACACAGCCUCUGUGUCUCCAGGAAGGCUGCCUGCCAUAAGUGGCAGUCAACCUGGGAUUACACAGCUAACGCUGCGUUAAUACGCGGAGCUUAGGAUAUCCGUACUGUCAACACCGUACUGGAAUUAGCUCGACAUCGGCAAUGUCGGUAAUAUGCGUUUAGAUUAUGAGUAACGUCCCUCAACAACGAGUUUCUACAUCACAACAAACACAGGCCAGUCUGUCCAUCUGGGGAUGGGGGGGUCUUGGAGUCGUGCUGUUCCUCGUCACCUUUGGACCCUUUGCCAUAUUCUACCUGGCCUUUUAUAUCUUCUGCUUCAUUGGAGGGGGCUUUGCGGUCACGCUGCUCUAUGGAAAGAUCAACUCAGAGAAACACCUGGAGAAGUGCGAGCACUCUUACUUGCCGCCCACUCAAAUUGGUAUAGUGAAGACGUUGGAUGAGAUGCGGCUGGAGAUGAAGCCGAUAAAGAUUGACAGGAGACUGACUGGCUCCAGUUUCAUAGAUGAGCCACUACAACAGGUGAUCCAAUUUGCUCUGAGAGACUAUAUCCAAUACUGGUACUACACUCUGAGCGAAGAUGAGUCCUUCUUAUUAGAGAUCAGGCAGACGCUGCAGAAUGCCCUCGUCCAGUUUUCCACACGGUCCAAAGAGGUGGACUGGCAGCCUUACUUCACCACUCGCCUGGUGGACGACUUUGCCACCCAUUUACGUGUCUUUCGAAAAGCCCAAGAUCGCCUCGCUGACAGAGAGGACAAGCAAAGGGACAUAACAGACGAGCUGGUGGACUCGUUCUUUGAGGCCGAGGUGGAGAUGGAAAGGAAAAUUUGUCGAGAUGUAGUGUGCACUUCACACAAAGAUGAAGAAGGUUUCCUUCGGGACUUGUGUGAGUUGCUUCUGUAUCUGUUACUACCUCCUGGAGAUUUCCACAACAAGAACAUGAGAUACUUCCUACGGGAAGUGCUGGCGCGUGGUGUGCUGCUUCCUCUCAUCAAUCAGCUGAGCGACCCAGACUACAUCAAUCAGUUUGUCAUCUGGAUGAUUCGGGAUUCCAGCUGUAACUAUGAAGCCUUCAUGAACAUCCUGAAGCUGACAGACAAGCCUGCUGAGCUGGAGGCCGUAAAGGACAAAGUGCUGGAGGAGCUGCAGUACCUCCGCUCGCUGGACACAGCAGGAGAUGACAUCAAUGUAAUCAAGAACCAGAUUAACAGUCUUCUGUUUGUGAAGAAGGUGUGUGAGACCAGGAUCCAGAGACUACAUUCGGGCAAGGAGGUGGAUGCCUUGAAGCUGGCAGCCAAUUUCGGCAAGCUGUGUGUUAUUCCGCUGGAUCAUAUCCUUGUCCACAACAUUGCCCUGCAGUUCUUCAUGGAUUUCAUGCAGGCAGCGGGGGCCCAGGCAGAGCUAUUCUUCUGGCUCACUGUGGAGGGCUACAGGGUGACGGCGCAGCAGCAGCUGGAGGCGAUGCUGGGCUGGCAGAAAGAUGGCAAGAAGCAGCCCAGUGCCACCAAGGGGCUGCUGAAAGCCGCUGCACUGGGUGUCUAUGAACAAUACCUCUCUGACAAGGCGUCUCCCAGAGUGCAAGUAGAUGAAUUAUCAGUAAUACAACUGGGGGAGGCGCUACAGAAAGACGACCCCACACCUGAGAUAUUUGAUGACAUCCAGAGAAAGGUGUAUGACAUGAUGCUGCGUGAUGAGCGUUUCUACCCCUCCUUCAAGCAGAGUCCUCUGUACGUACGCAUGCUUGCAGAGCUGGACAUGCUGAAAGAGCCGAGCUACCGGGGAUCUGAUGACGGCGACGGGGAAUCUUUCAAUGGCUCUCCAACAGGAAGCAUAAACCUAUCUUUGGACGACUUGUCCAACUCCUGCCAUGAUGAAACUAUGCACCUACAUGCCUUCAUCUCCGACACAGGGGUUUGCAACGACCACGGUAAGACCUACGCACUCUACGCCAUCACUGUGUUCAGACGCACCCAAGACGGCAGCGAGGACUGCUGGAAAACCUACCGGCGCUACUCUGACUUCCAUGACUUCCAUAUGAGGAUCACUGAACAGUUUGAGAACCUGGCGUCCAUCCUCAAGCUGCCAGGGAAAAAGACUUUCAACAACAUGGACAGAGACUUCUUGGAGAAGAGAAAAAAGGACCUCAAUGCUUAUUUACAGUUGCUGCUGAACCCAGAGAUGGUGAAGGCCUGCCCAACUCUGAUUCCUUAUGUCUAUGACUUCUUAGAGAACAAGGCCUACAGCAAGGGCAAAGGAGAGUUUGCUCGCAAGAUAGACACAUUUGUGAAUCCUCUCCGGAGCUCCAUGAGGAACGUGUCCAAUGCAGUGAAGGCCCUGCCAGACAGUCUGGCUGAGGGUAUGACCAAAGUCUCUGACAACAUGGGUCGCAUGUCAGAAAGACUGGGCCAGGACAUCAAACAGUCAAUAUUCAAGGUGCCUCCACUCCUCCCCAAGUCAGACAUCGACCCUGAACACUGUCGAGUCUCCGCUCAGUUAGACGAUAACGUCGAUGAUAACAUUCCACUGCGGGUAAUGCUGCUGCUGAUGGACGAGGUGUUUGAUCUCAAGGAGAAAAACCAGUGGCUACGCAGGAACAUUAAGAACCUGCUGCAGCAGCUCAUCAGGGCCACAUAUGGAGACACCAUCAACAGGAAAAUUGUGGACCAUGUUGACUACAUGACCUCACCAGAGCAGGUGGCAGAUUAUGUCAAGAAAUUUAGGGAUUCUUACUGGCCCAAUGGUAUUCUGGCUGAGACGCCACCCCGUCGGGACAAGAACAUCCGCAUGAGGACACGAAUCGCCGCUAAGACCAGCCUGCUGGGUAUCAUGCCAGAUGAGCUGAAGCACAUCAUUGGGGCGGACACCACGCGGAAGGGCAUACUGCGCGUCUUCGACAUGUUUCAGUACCAACCCAUGAACCGUCGUCUUGUCUACGUUUUCCUGGAGGGCUUCUUGGAGACCAUGUUCCCUCAGUACAAAUUCCCCGAGCUCUUUGUCAAGUUGCACUCCCGCUCUCCACGCAUACACAGAUACAGCCAGAAACUCAAAUCCUCCUCCCUCAAGAGGUGACAGGAGAGGACCAAGGCAACGGGACACGGGCCGACGAGAGACACGCAGACUUGAGAGCUAAAAGUGAGAGUGUGGGGGGAGAGGGGCUUGAGGUGAACGUUGAGGUAUGCAUGUGUGAUUUCUGCCCCUACCGCUUCCCUCACACACACUUUUUCAGUGAAAAACACUCCCAAUUAUCCAGCUGAUUACUUCUGUCAAGACAGAACUGAAGGUUGAAAAACACACACAUGCGCAAACACAAAAUCUGUAAUUUGCACCAAGACUGACCAUGACAGUCUUUCUUUUAGUCUACAUUAUGUUCCCCACCCCCCCCCCCCUUUUUUUUGAAUUUUUUGUUUAGUUUUUGUUGUUGUUGUGCUUAGCUUUGGCUGGGCCAGUCAAUGCUGCUUUCUCACGGUCCAGAGAGCAGACCACAAAUACUGUAUUGUUUUUAAACUGCAGGAAUAGAUAGCAUAGACCCACACCUUGCCUUACCUUUCCCGCUUCUUGUCUUCUGGCCAGCACAGUCCCACCAACUCAGUGAGCUGGCCACUCAGCUGUAGUCAAACUUACCCUCAUGCUGUAGACGUUUUAUCUGCAAAAGCUGCAUACUUGUAAACGGCAGACAAUAAUUUUGUUUUCAUAGCAACCAAAUAUGUCAAUAGCACUGGGUUAAGAGGCACUGUUUUUAAAAUGUGACUGAACAAAUAUGGGUCGAAAGGAUGAUUUUUUAAAAAAGGUUUUUUGUCCGAUUUUUUUUUUUCUCCAUCCUCAGUGCUUCACGUGAGAUAUGAUGAGACUUUUUUCCCCCCCAGAGUGUUACAUCAUCUGUACCGCUCAUGAUCCUUUAAAAAAAAAAAAAAAAAAAAAAAUAGGCCACAUCCCCUUUAACGCUACUGUCGUAACCCUGUGACAACCAAAGCUCAUGCUGUUCAUACGUGUGUGUGUGUAUGUGUGUGUGUGUGUGUACUGGUUCAAUGUUGGGAAACGCUGAACUUUACUGUGCUUCAUAUCUUUAAUCAUGUGAAGAAAAAGAAUGCAUUGUUAACCCUUUUUUUUAAUCUAAAAGGUGAGGCUUUGAGGACCCACUGAAGUGUGUUGUAGUUGGUCUCUGUGGGAGGCUCAGCUCUGGCUGUCCAAAGCGCACGAUCAUGUACGCUUCAAAGAAUGUACUCUCUGGUCUAGUCUGUAUUUGGCUUGUGUAGAAUUUUGUGUGAAUGGGAGUGUGUGUGUGAGUGAGUGAGUGAAUAUGUGUGUGUGAGUGAGUAAAGCAAGAAGAUGCAACCCUCUUCAGUCAGAAACCGUGCCAGUGUGAGCUAGUGAACCAGCCUUAAUACUAUAUACAGUAUAUACUGACCGAGAGAUGCACGCUAGAAGUAGCUCUCCUUCACAAGAUUGAACAUUACAAGGAAGUCAAGAUAGAGAUAUGGAGAUAUAUCCCUAAUCACUUUUAUUCAGACAAAAGGUCUUUAAUUUUGUGCAAUAUUUUUUUUGUUAAUGCAUGUGCAUUUUGAAUCAUUGUAUACUGAAAAAAAAAGUAAUUCAUAUUGUUUUAAUAGAAGAAAACAUGAAACGUUUCCCCAGAAAUGUCUUCUUAUCCCAACAACUUAACAUUCCGUUGUUGUAAAAGUACUACAUUUAUUUUUACAGACUUGUUUUAUAAGUCUGACGUUUUUUUUUUGUUUUGUUUUAGUUUUGGGUGUGCGGGGGGUGUUUUCCACUCAUCCCCCGCCCACUCGUGCAGAACCUGUGUUUUGGGUAAUGAUUCGGCAGUGGUGGGGUGUUUUUCUGUGUGACGAUCAGCUCACCGGGCUACAGCUUAUUCAGAGGUAGCCACCGACAACUGCUUCUUUUUAACCCAUAAGUGGUGUUUUACACAUUCAAGCCUGUUCUGUUGAGUGUGAACAGACCUUUGUCGUUAUGAACUGACAGCUGGAGGGGAGCCCCCCCCCCUCCUGCCCGCUACCCCCUCCUCCUGUCCAAUAGGCUCGCAGGAGAGCCGUGUCCUGUGACCAAUGGAAUCACUGCUAAUGAGCACUUACCGUAGCAACUGUGGGAGAGCGUCUCCCAUGAACGGAGCUGAACGGAGCCCCAUUCUGCUGCAGUCAUUGGAUGGAACUCCCUCGUCUGCUGUGAUUUGCUUGCACUGAGCAGCCUUGGUGGACUCUGAUUGGCUGAGUAGGAGGACAUGAACUCGAGCCGCUCAUACAGAGAGGCGAAUAUUUUGUCCCCACGGUGGAGAAGGAGAUAUCACCUUUAACUUUCUGCACACCUCUCCAUACAGGAAGGCUUGUUUGUUUGUUUUUUAACCCCAGUAUAUAUGAAUCUAUGAUAAUGAAAAUUGUGCAUAUCUGUGUACAGUAUGUGUUAAUAGUGUGCCUAAAUGUACUGUCAACUCUAUUUUCAUAUUUUUCUUUAACCUCAAAAAAAAAAAAUCAAUCAGAAUGUCAUGAUCAUUUUACGCGACUGAAAACGACUUUAGGGUGUUUUUUUGCAUCAUGCUUAUCAAACUCUUCCUUGUGAGCAGUUGUGCUCAGAUCAGUAUAACACUAAUAAAAGAUAACUCAGACUAACUGACCCAC